GGUGUUGGCCGUACAGGAACCUUCAUCACACUAGACGCCAUGUUGGAUCAGGCUGAGGCAGAGAAUUCCAUAGAUGUCUACAAUUUCAUCACAGGCUUGAGGAACAGUCGGAUUAAGAUGGUUCAAGUAGCGGAGCAAUAUCAGUUCAUCUUCGAUGCUCUGUUAGAAACCUUUGUCUGUGGGGAUACCAGCAUAGCUCAAGAUCUUUACCUUCAGCGGUACCCGUCACUGUUGGCCCCGAGUCCAGAUACCGGCUCCACACUGCUGCAGGAACAGUUCGAGCGCCUUGACAUGUUCACCAUCAGGCCAAGAGACGAUGAACUGAGAGCUGCCAGAAACCCAAUGAACUUCCACAAGAAUAGAUACCGUGACAAACUACCAAUGGAUAAAUCCAGACCAUAUCUGAUCACAGAGGUUGAUGGUGGAACCAACUACAUAAAUGCUUCCUUUUUGCCCGGAUACACCAAGAAGGACAUGUUCAUUGGUACCCAGACCCCUCUCCAAGACACUGUUGUUGACUUCUGGCGAUUGAUCUUUGAUUACAGGAUUUCUACCAUUGUCAUGCUCAACGGUAUGGCCUCGGAGGAUCAGUCCAUGGCAGAAUACUGGGCGUACUCUUCACAGAGUGACGUCACCCAUGGUCCCUUCACGGUAACACUCCUCAAUGAGGAACACUAUGAUGAGAUAUCUUGUAGGACAAUGGAAGUCAGAAGCACAACUUCCAAGUCUCGAGUUCACACUGUGUAUCAGCUGCACCUGACGACAUGGCCAAUGGCAUCUGAGGUAUGUACCUCCGCAAUCUCUUUCAUGGAGCUUCAUCGUAGAGCCAUGGUAUGGAAUGAAUCAAAUGCCAAAGACGCACCAAUCCUGGUCCAUUGCAAGGAUGGUGAAGGGGCCACAGGAACUUUCUGUGCUCUCUCAUCAGUCCUGGAGAGACUGAAUGUAGAGAAACUGGUAGACGUCUUCCAGGCAUGUAAGAGACUGAGGGCAAUCCGGACAGGGGCUGUGGCAUCACUGGACCAGUAUGAGUUCAUCCACUCUGUUAUGAGACUGUAUUUGGAUUCUUACGACAUCUAUGAAAACUACCGGACAUAGGACCCUCAGAGUUCUCUCCCAAACGUGAACAAGAUAUGAAAUCGAUCCGGAUCUACCCCAUUGUUCAGUCAUUUUAUUUAGCUUAAUUAUCUCCAAUUGAGAUAUUUUAUAACAAUUCCGAUACUAACUGUUUUGUUGUCCAUUUACAGAAAUUCAUCUUGUUUACAUGCGUGCAUAAACAAAUCAUGAAAAUGAAAAUGCAUAAGUCAUUUUUGUCUACAUUUAAUACACACAAAAAUAAUAUGGGCAUAUAUCCGACACAAUAAGGGAAAUUGUCAGACUUAAUUCUUUCACUUAAUAUUUUAUGCUGCUUCAGUUAUAAACUUUAUACUUCAAUGUGGGAAUGAAUAAUUCUACGAGAAGAUUAAGGCUAUUAUAUAUAUAUUUUGCUUAUGUGAACAAGAAGGGUAUCUAGGAGAGAAUCCCCCUUUCCAAAUACUGACAGCGAGAUGGUUUCUUGAAAUGUUCAUCAUUUUAACCCUGUAGCCCAGGCAGCUGGACCAUGCAGCCCCCCCCCCAUCAUUUCCGGCCUAUUAUCAUAAUGCUGGAAGAUUGUGCAGCGAUGUUACUCUUCUUGUUGUUAUUUUGUCUGAAGUCUUGAGUAUCUUAUUCCCAGAUAAGGCGUUUUGUUAAGGUGUCAGACAAUUUUGCUCCUGCAUUUAUCAUCCCGAAUUAGUGGAGAACCGGAUUUCAUUUAUAAUUAUUAUUUCAAAUAAUACAAAUCAAUAAUGGAUCAAUAAAAAUCUUACCUGCAUGGGGAUAAGAGUUAGCCAUGGUAGAAUUAUGAUAGAAUUUCGGUCGGAAAAUACAAGAGGUAUUAACACUAUUGUUGACCCCUUUUUUGGGGGUACUGAUUUAUAGCUAAUGAAAUAUGAAUCAGUUGCAAUAUUUAGUGGCAUUUAGCGCGAUUGAGAAAGAUGACAUAGAAUUUGGAUACCAUCCCCAAUGCUUUGUAAGGUAGAGGGGAAGAUAUAUUGAUUCAUUGUUCCACAUAAAAUGAUUUCACUUUUGUACACAACAUUUCAUUAUUCAUUCUCUGGGAUCACUUACUUUGAUUUCUCUCAAUAUUUUUAUGAUAGUGUACCAUCUGUUUUACGAUAUGAUCUUGGCGAGUAUGUCAUGAUAAACUCAUCAAUUUUAAUUCCGACUGCCGUCUAUUGAUUGCCAAGAUCUAGUGUUUUCUAAUCGUUUGUUUUUAUUAUCAUUCUUGGACCGUAAGGGGUAUUUGAAUCGCAAGCCUCUUUAAUCCCCCAAAUAUUAAUUGAAAUGAAAGUGAGAUGCCUUAAAAGUACACAGUUUUCUUGCCAAAACACAAACAUACCUUCCAUUGUAGUGUUUAUAUUGCAAUAUUUGUUUCAUGUUUUUGUACAUAUUACAUGUAAUGUAAUUACGAUAGCUUAUGUAUAUAUUUAUAAUUGAAAUUGAACGUUGAGACAUGAAUAAAAGCUUGAAUGUUUUUUUUAUAAUUAUGUGGUAAACACAGUUUCCGUAAAUCUCUUCAAGUCUAUUCUACCUAAGUGUGUUACAGCUAAUAGAUAAAUCAUUGAAUGAAAAAAGAUGAUGUAUGAUUUUUCUGUAAACUGUAUUUACUCGUUGCUAUCACAACUAACAUGACAACAUUUCAAUAAUCAAAGCAUUUUUAAGAUACUUGAAGAAAAAAGUCUUUUAAUGUAUGGAUUUAGAAAAAAAUCAUGCCGUUAUGAAUAUCAUAUAUUUCGUACCAUAGUCUUACAUAAUGUAUGUGCCAUCAUAUGCAAUACUAAAUUCUAUGCAUUUUAAAUAUCCGUAUACAUAAAUUAUAUGUUUCCUUUUUUUGUAUCUGAAAGCGUACUAAAUUUAUUAUUACCUAGAAUGUAAUACAUUAAAUCAAAUUGAAAAUUGUAAGAUUUUAACGAUUUAUAGUGGCUUAAUUGUAAGACACUAUAAUGAUGAUGAUGAUAAUGAUGAUGAAGAUGAUAAUAAAGAUGAUUGAUGAUGAUAAUAAUGAUAGUAAUAAUGAUAAUAAUAGCAAUGAUUAUAAUGAUAAUAAAAAGAAGUAUAUUGAUAAUAUAAUUAUUGAUGGCCGGUGACAUCAUAGAAAUAAUAAUGACAGUAGUAAUACGGAUGAUAGUAAUUCUGGUUUUAUAUACAUGCAUAUUGCUGCCAAUAUCAAAGUAAUGUUAAAAAACAUUUAAAGUUCCAUAGUUGUCUUUUUCAGAUAAUUAUCUGUAUUGUAAGGAGUAGAUGGCUAUUUUUGAAUCUUUUUGAAUUAUAUAGUACUAUGGUGUUAUUGUAAACGAAAUGAUUAAAUACGAAUUUGUUUGAUAAAUAAGUGU